AUGCCGAAGAAAGGUUCCGGCAACGAUUUAGUAACGCAGGAAGCAGACAGCUGUGAUGGUAAAGCGAUAGACAACGAUUUAGUCACGCAGGAAACACAAAGCUGCGAUGGUAAAGACACAGACUACCAACCAAGCAGACUACCAAUCUGUAGUGAUAGGGAUAGUGAUGUAGAUUAUGAACCCUCUCAUUCUAAUGACAGUUCGGAUUCCAUAGUAGAUGGAUCAACAUCAGACUCAGGCAUGUCAGAUAUCUUUCCUGUACCUAAAAUAAAUCUUCAUAGAAAUACUCCUCUAACAAGUGGCCCUUCCAAUGAGACGAUUACUGCGAGUGUUGCUGUUGUUUCGCCCAGUUUCGAUGAUAUUGAGACUGCUGCACAUGGAUUAGGUCAAAGUGAGGAAGGCGCGCAGAAACAGAGCAUAACAGUACGUACCACUGAUAAUCAGGGAGGCAGAAAAUAUGACAAGAAAUUUUAUUGCUAUUUCUGCAAGAAGCCUCAAAGUAAGCUAGUUCGGCAUCUUAAAACUGUUCAUAGAACUGAAGCAGAAAUUGAGCAAUAUUUUUCUGAAAAGAACCCAAAACAAAAGAAUGUGCUAAUGCUGAAAUUGCGUAAUCUUGGAAAUCACCAGCAUAACUGUGAUGUGCUUCGGCAGAAGACUGGGGAUCUUGUUGUAUCACACCGACCCACAGAAAAUGUAGAUUACACAGCAUAUAUUCCAUGUAAAUAUUGUUAUGCAUACUUCGCCAAGGCCUCGUUAUGGAAACACUCAUGCCCACUAGUUCCUGAUGGUGGCAAGGCACAUAGAAAAAAACGCAUAGGGAAAAGUGGAGCCAGCUUGUUGCCAUCAGAAGGAAAUGGAGAGCUUGAUUUUGUUAUACACGGUAUGAGGCGGGAUGAUAUUGGGGAGGUUACAAUGAAAGAUGCACUAAUUUUGCAAUAUGGCCGCCACCUUGUCAAAAAGUAUGCCAAUGAUAAGGAGCAGUAUUGCUACAUUCGUGGAAAAAUGAGACAACUAGGACGUCUUCUGAUGUGUCUUAAAAAGAAAACAGGAAAUAAAAAUGACACGAUGUAUCAUUUUGUCCAUCCCACUAAGUUUCGACUUGUUGUAGAAGCAGCUCAGGAAUGUGCAGGAUUUGAUGAAGUAAACCAUACAUAUUCUGCACCAUCUCAAGCAAUCAAGUCUGGUCAGCUAAUGAAAAAAAUCGCUGAAAUAAAAAUGACUCAAGCUAUGGAGAGAGGGGAAACAGAAGUAUCUGAUUCAUGUGGGCAAUUCCUAAAACUGUGUGAUUUACAGUGGUCACAGUUGUCUACUACUGCACAUAAGAAUCUCUCAGAAAGAAAACGUAAUAGUGUCAGGUUUUUGCCUCUUACAGAAGAUGUUGUUAAAUUAAACAAGUACCUGGAUAAUAAUGGAUCCAAACAAUGUAGCGUACUUCAAGAAAAUAGUGAUAAUGCAGACGCAUAUGCUACACUGACACAAAUAGUACUUGCAAAACUGAUACUGUUUAAUCGGAAAAGACAGGGUGAAGUCUCUAAAGUACUAGUUACAGAUUGGAAAGCUAAAAGUAAAGGAAACCCAGACAGCUGCAUAACUGAAUGUUUGAGCGAGGUUGAAAAGGGUCUAUUAAAGGUACUUGAACGACUUGAGAUUAGGGGGAAAAGAGGACGUAUUGUUCCUAUCCUAAUCACAGAAGAUAUCAAUAACUGGAUGAAAAUACUUCUUCAGGUAAGAUCACAGCACAUACCAGAUUCAAAUCCAUUCCUCUUCCCAAGCAACACAUCAUACUCACACCUUCGUGGAUCAGACAUUAUGAGGAGAUUUGCUUCAGAGUGUGGGGCGAGCAAACCAAAUCUACUUACAUCAACACAACUAAGAAAGCAUGUGGCCAGUAUGGCCCAGGUCCUUAAUCUGAAGGAACAUGAAAUGGAUAUUCACCGAGAAAUCGGAAUCGAGAGCAUGGUUAGUGGCAUGGAGAGUUCAACUCACCCGCGGCAGUGA